AUGUCUUCCUCACACGACUAUCUACACCCCCUCCAGCGGCCAGAUGACCUUGGCGAUUACUCUGGCUCCGAUGACGACGACUUGGACCUCGAGGAGCUCGAUCCCGAUGCCGCACCACCCCAAGCCCCUCGGGCUUCCAGAGAAUACGCGAGCCGCUCACGAACUUAUGGACCUGGAAUCGCCCUUCGAAAUUUACGUGUCGGUGUGGGCAGUCGGUGGAAACGAAGCGCAUCCGGGGACCAUGGGGAGGUAGACGGGGACACAGAUGCGUUGCUGGAGGACCGCGGGGACGAUGGACUUCGAACGUCUCAUGGCAGCUCACGAAACAUGGCCGAAGAUGAUGCGCCAUUGCUUGAUCGUCGGAACUCGACUCGAUUGUCUCGGGAAAAUGAGCCGUCCAAAAAGGGUGGCCGGUUACGUCUACCAAGCCUAAGAGGCCCCGGUUUCCUUCAAAAGGCGACAAAUCGGCUACGAGGAAAUUUGGAGGACCAAGAGAAUAAACCUCCGCGCGAAAUUCUUGUUGGCCAAUACCAGACCAUCAAAUACCCGGCGAAUGUUGUCUCGAACGCGAAAUAUACCCCCUGGAGCUUCCUUCCACGCACGCUGUAUAACGAAUUUUCCUUCUUCUUCAACAUCUACUUCUUGCUCGUUGCAUUGUCGCAAGUUAUUCCUAUUUUACGGAUUGGUUACAUGUCUUCGUACAUUGCGCCUCUGGCGUUCGUUGUCUCAAUAUCGUUGGGGAAGGAGGCCCUUGAUGACAUUGGUCGGAGGCGUCGUGAUGCAGAGGCAAAUGCGGAAGAGUUCACGGUGGUCUCCCUUGAAAGGUCAAAUGCUAUGGAGAUGACGAAAAAGUCUCGCGACCUGAAAGUUGGAGAUGUGCUUAAAGUCCGCAAAAACCAGCGCCUACCGGCUGAUGUCGUGAUUCUAAAGAGUGUUUCCAACGAUUCGAACUUGGAACGUGAGCGCCGAGCAUCGGUGGAAGAGCCCGUUCCCGGACCAUCUACUGACCUUCUCAACUCCCCUGGGCCUGGGUCUGGUCCCGCUGAGGAGACUUCUACUACGAAUACCGCCGACGCCUCCUCUGGUAGCGACACUUUCAUCCGAACUGAUCAAUUAGAUGGUGAAACUGAUUGGAAGCUCCGGUUACCCUCUGUUCUCUCUCAAGCCCUACCUUUAGAAGACUUGACGCGACUCAAGAUCACCGCCAGUUCCCCAGAUAAGCGGGUAAACGAGUUUGUUGGUACCAUUGAAUUAGGGCCUCCUACUGGUUUCUAUGAUGCCCACAUCGACAAGUCCACCGCUCCCACCAAUAACAUCGGGGCUGAAGAUAGCGAAACCAACUCCGCCUCGUUGACCAUCGAUAACACUGCUUGGGCCAACACCGUUCUUGCCUCUAACACCGUGACCUACGCUGCGAUCAUCUACACGGGCUCGCAAACUCGGGCAGCCCUCUCUACGUCAGCCUCAAGGUCAAAAGUUGGCUUGUUAGAAUAUGAGAUUAAUAACCUAACAAAAAUCUUGUGUGCGUUGACCCUCGCCUUAUCUUUCGUGUUGGUGGCCUUGGAAGGGUUUGAGCCGACAAACGACAAGAAGUGGUAUGUCGCGAUAAUGAUCUACCUCAUCCUCUUUUCAACCAUCAUUCCUAUGAGCCUUCGAGUCAAUCUGGAUAUGGCCAAGUCCGUGUACGGUCGAUUCAUUCAGCGCGAUAAGGACAUUCCAGAUACGUUGGUUCGGACAAGUACAAUCCCGGAGGACUUGGGCAGAAUUGAAUAUCUGCUAUCAGACAAGACCGGGACCCUGACUCAGAAUGAGAUGGAAUUAAAAAAGAUCCAUGUUGGCACUGUAUCUUAUGCCAACGAGGCCAUGGAUGAGGUUACUUCGUUUAUUCGUCAAGCCUUUGCAGGAAAUGCUUUGACGACACCAUCAACUGUAUUUGGCACGCAGGCCGGUCAGGCCGCGGCUCCACGCACUAGAAGGGAAAUCGGUUCUCGGGUUAGAGAUCUCGUUCUAGCCCUUGCCCUUUGUCAUAACGUCACCCCAACUGGAGAAGAGGAAGAGGAUGGACGAAAAGUGACCAACUACCAAGCCUCAUCUCCCGAUGAAAUUGCAAUUGUUCGCUACACCGAAGAUGUUGGCUUAAAGGUCGCGUACCGCGAUCGCCAAACCAUUGUCCUCGAGUCUACCGAAUCGAAGCAGGUUGUCGUUCGUGUCAAAAUUCUCGACAUCUUCCCAUUCACCUCCGACAGCAAGCGCAUGGGUAUCAUUGUUCAAUUUGAGCAAAGUGAAAACAUUCUCGAGACGGGCGCUAGUGCAGAGCCAGAAAUCUGGUUCUAUCAAAAGGGCGCAGACACGGUCAUGACAUCAAUUGUUGCGGCAAACGACUGGCUUGACGAAGAAACUGCGAACAUGGCUCGCGAGGGCUUGCGAACGCUGGUCGUUGGACGCAAGCACCUUUCCCUGCAGCAAUAUCAAGAGUUUGCUGGCAAGUUCAAGCAAGCCUCGCUCUCCCUUCAAUCACGAGAUGUCGGCAUGGCCAAGGUUGUAAGCGAAUACCUUGAACGAGACCUGGAACUGCUCGGUGUUACCGGUGUUGAAGAUCGCUUGCAGCGAGAUGUCAAGUCUUCCCUGGAAUUGAUGCGCAAUGCAGGCAUCAAAAUUUGGAUGUUGACUGGAGACAAAGUGGAGACUGCGCGCUGUGUCGCUAUCUCUGCCAAAUUGGUCUCUCGGGGACAGUACAUUCACACCGUUUCCAAGGUGACGGACAAAUCAACAGCCCAAGAAGCUCUAGAUUUUCUGCGCAAUAAGACCGACUGCUGCCUUCUGAUCGACGGUGAGUCUCUAAAUCUGAUGCUGGGAGAGUUCCGGUCUGCUUUUAUCGCCGUUGCGGUGCUCCUUCCUGCCGUCAUUGCGUGCCGUUGCUCGCCGACGCAGAAAGCUGAAGUUGCCAACUUGAUUCGUCAACACACCAAGAAACGUGUUUGCUGCAUCGGUGACGGUGGCAACGAUGUCUCCAUGAUUCAAGCUGCCGACGUUGGUAUUGGUAUCGUGGGCAAGGAAGGUCGUCAGGCAUCGCUUGCCGCAGAUUUCAGUAUCACCCAGUUCCACCACCUCACCAAGCUACUAGUUUGGCACGGCCGCAACUCAUACAAGCGGUCCGCCAAGCUCGCACAGUUUAUUAUGCAUCGUGGUCUGAUCAUUGCCGUAUGCCAAACCAUGUACAGCAUCGCCGGGCACUUCGAUCCGAAGGGUCUAUUCAUCGAUUGGCUAAUGAUCGGAUACGCCACCGUCUAUACCAACGCACCCGUGUUCUCGCUCGUGUUCGACAAGGAUGUCGACGAGCGCCUCGCCAAUCUCUACCCGGAGCUUUAUAAAGAGCUGAAGACCGGCAAGAGCCUGAGCUACCGGUCGUUCUUCACCUGGGUUAUGAUUUCCGUCUACCAGGGUGCCGUCAUCCAGGGUCUAUCUCAAAUCUUGUUGCACACCAUCACCGGGCCACGUCUCAUCAGUGUGUCCUUCACAGCCCUUGUCCUCAAUGAAUUGGGCAUGGUCGCUAUCGCAAUCACAACUUGGCAUCCCGUGAUGAUCGUCUGCCUUCUGGGUACCCUCUUACUCUACGCCGGCAGCAUUCCCUUCCUGGGUGACUACUUCAAUCUCCGCUUUGUGGUCACUGUUGACUGGCUGUGGCGUGUAUUUGCCGUCCUGGCCGUCUCACUUAUUCCCGUGUGGGCCGGCAAGUUGAUCAAGCAAUCGUGGAGCCCGCCAAGUUAUCGCAAGGUGCGCGGCUGAUAGAUGUGAUGUGGUUUUCACGGAUAUAUCUUGUGAUGUAUCUCAGCGAAUUUUGUGCCCCUUGUAUUUUGACUUGCGUUACUUAUUCCCCGUUGCGAUCCUUUCCCCUCAAUAGCUCCUGUUCGAUCUGACUGGACCUACUCUUGUAUAUCCCACCUCAUAGCAUCUCCCUUUCGAGCGCACAUUAGGCGUUAGAAGCGCAACCAUUGGUUUAGGUCUUUUCAUGCCUUUGCAAUAUAUCCACGAU